AUGCCGGCACGAGGGUCAUAGGUGGUGUGACGUCACAACCCGUAAGGCAGGUUGCUGCCAUAUCUACCGAAGCGUACCUACGCCAUGGCGGCGUCCGUGGAGAAUUUUCUGUCCUGUAGCAUCUGUUUCGGGCGUUUCGACAGGCCCAAGUCGCUGCCCUGCCAGCACACGUUCUGCGAGAGGUGUCUGGAGAGCCAGGUGCGGCCCCGGCAGCCCUUCAGGUGCCCGAACUGCCAGCGGCCGGUCCAGCUGCCCCCGGAAGGCGUGGCGGGCCUCCCCGAUAACGACCUGGUGGAGAAUCUGUAUCAACAGAUCGACAGCAGUGCCUCCCUGUCGGUGACGGCCAUACGGGCGUCUAAAGCCGAGAAGACGUGUUUCUACCACCCACUGGAGGACCUGAAGUUGUUCUGCCAGCAGUGCCAUGUACCCGUGUGCACGGAGUGUUUGGACGAGACUCAUACCGGGCACAGCGCGAUCACGAUCAAGAGGGCUUCGGAACAGAAGAAGGCCACCAUCCGCGCGUUAGUCGCCGACGGCAGGCGAGCGGUGGAAGGCUACUACACCUUCCUGAGCGAACUGAGAAACAUAGAGAAGAUCCCGGACAAGAACAAACGCGCGGCGACGCAAGGCGUCACGGACGUUUACGACGACGUCGUGCGAAAGGCGGCGCUGCGGAAGGAAAUCCUGCUUUCUGAGAUCGAAGAAAACCACCGACACAACCUGGAGUCCAUAGAAGGGCAGAGAACCACUGUGCUCAGUCAAGUGGACGAAAUAUCAACAGCCUGCAACAAGGUGGAACGAGCGUCCAUAUACGAGGAAGAGGACUGCUUCGAAGACGAGAAACGUCUUCAGACACUGAUCGCUAAGAAAGACAAGGUUGUCAUGACACCACUGAGGCUGGAAACCGUCGAGUUCGAACAAGCAGAAGACGAGAAGAGUUUGUUGAAUCUGGGUGAGCUGCAGCUGCAGCCAGUCCCUUCUGGGCAGCGUGCCAAGAGGAAAUCGUCCUCGUCAAGCGUCAAUAACGACAAACGGUCACAGAGACAGCCGCAGAUGGGGGUGGGGAUGGCCAGGAGGGAGUCCGCCAGGAGGGACUCUAAAAGAGAAUCAUUGAAAAACAGAAACUCGGUCGACAUGGAUAUCGGUAAAGUAAGAGACGUUAUAAUCAUCGAGAAAUCGCAAAGCAAAACACAAGCAAACGUGCAAGAAGACAGUGGUAAAACGGCAAAACAUGACAACAAUACUAAACCUACUACAGAUGAUAAGAGUACGGCGGACAACUACCAACCAGAAGAACACAACGUCGUCAAAAGAGAGGCUGGUGAGCCAGUCCGAGCAGGGGUCGAACCGACCAGCCAAACGGAAGAAAGUAGUAGAGGUGUGGAUGUGGACUGGGAAGAACAUGACGACGAAAGGAUGGGCCAGGAGACCCUUAAAAGGAAACUAAGCAUAGCCAGGCGGAUUAGGAUUCAAAAUGGCUUUCACAAGCAAGAACAUCCCGACUCCGAGGUAACAGAGACCGCUCAUGUGCAAAACGUCAAAAAGGAAGAAAAGCACGCUGUGAAAAAUGUCAAAAGGGAAGAAAACCACGUCGUGAAAAAUGUCGAAAAGGAAGAAAAUCACCCCGAACAAAACCUCAACGAAGAAGGAAAUCAUCACACCGACAAGAAUCACUCUUCAGUAUCCAUGACAAGCUCAGGCUUCGGAGAAGACGGAUCUAAGGACGGUCUAGUGAGAAAGAUACUAGGUGGUUACCAAGAAUCCGGAACGCUUGGCGGCAAGGGUUCCGGAUUCGGGAAGUUUGUGGAUCCGGGGGGCGUGGCCGUGUCAGACAAGGAGCUGUUCGUCGCAGACUACGGGAAGGACCAAAUCCUGGUGUUCGACCUCCAGGGGAACUACCAGCGGUGCUUCAGGACGACUCUGCCCGGGUCGGACUGUAACGUCAUGAAGCCGCACGACGUUGCACUUGACCGUGACGGUCACCUGUGGGUAGCCGGGCACGAGGAAGACGACAUCGCCGUGCAGUACUCCGUGGACGGGAGAUUCCGCCACAAGAUCCGCCUGCCUCACGCCACCAUAGCGCGCGGGAUCGCCGUGAACUUGGAGAAGAACUACGUCCUGGUGACGGAGACCAACGGCACGAGCGGCGUGGUGCGUGUGCUGCGGUCUGACGGCUCCCUCUUACGGACUGUGGGGGGACAGCAGGACAUGAAAGUUCCGCGGUACCUGGCCGUGGACAGAGACGGCAACAUCCUCGUCUCCGACAGCGCCGCUCGCGGCAUCUUCGCGUACGACGAGGACGGAAACUUCAAGUUCAAGUUUGGCGGCGACGGUAGCGGUGAGGGGCAGCUCAGGGGGCACCGCGGGAUAGCGACGGACAACUCGGGGAACGUCAUCGUGGCAGACUGCGAGAACCACCGCGUGGAGAAGUUCAGCUGUGACGGGCAGUUCGUCGGACAUCUCGCCACCGGCGUGCAGGAGCCCUGGGCAGUGGCCGUGGGACCGGCCGGACAUAUCGUACUGACCGACAGGCAUUCGCACACGGUCACCAUCGUCAAGGCAGCCGCCAGGGAGCGCAAGGAGAGCUCUAUCUAAUUAAGGGACGUCAGUUCGACUAAAAAGUAGACGCUUUGGAGAAAUGAUAGAAAACUUUCCUAUCUUUAGAUGUUCUUUCUUGUGGUCACUUAAAUAUUGCAAACUAUUGUGCGAGUCUAA